UCUAUACUGCCCUCCAUUUAUUUAGCGUUCUCAACCUCGGUGACCAAUCCUCCCCGCCGACCAAUCCUCUUCUUCCAGAAUUUGGUAUUUGCCCUACAAUGCUGCCAUACCAGACGCUCGACGAGGCCUCGGACGCCCUCGGCCGAAACCUGACCUACGCGGAGACCCUCUGGUUUCAAUACUCCGCCCGCAAGUCCGACUACUUCCUCUACUGCCACACCAUUCUCUUUCUCUUCUUCGUCUUCUCCGUCGUCCCUCUUCCUCUUGUCUUCCUCGAGCUUGCCCGCUUGACCGGCUUCGAACGCUUCAAGAUUCAGCCCAAGGCCAGGUUGUCUUCCGCUCAAGUGUUUCGCUGCUACAAGGAUGUCAUGCGCAUGUUCUUCCUCGUCGUCGGCCCCUUGCAGAUGGUUUCCUACCCCUCUAUUCGGAUGAUUGGGAUUCGCACGGGGUUUCCAUUACCUUCGGGAUGGGAAAUAUUUGCACAGUUGUCGGUGUAUUUCGUGGUGGAGGAUUAUUCGAACUACUGGAUCCACAGAUUUCUGCAUAACAAGUGGGGUUACGAGAAGAUUCAUAGAGUUCACCAUGAAUACACAGCUCCAAUUGGAUUUGCGGCGCCCUACGCGCAUUGGGCCGAGAUUUUGAUCCUCGGUAUCCCAUCUUUCCUUGGGCCGGCCAUGGUGCCCGGUCACCUGAUCACGUUCUGGCUGUGGAUUGCUCUACGGCAGAUUGAGGCGAUUGAAACGCACAGCGGGUAUGACUUCCCUUGGAGUCCCACAAAAUACAUUCCAUUUUACGGUGGUGCUGAGUAUCAUGACUACCAUCAUUAUGUUGGAGGGCAAAGCCAGAGCAAUUUUGCUUCUGUGUUCACCUACUGUGAUUACAUUUAUGGAACUGACAAGGGCUAUCGAUAUCAGAAGAAGCUCUUUCAGAAGUCGAAAGGGGAAUUAAAAGCCGGUGGUCAGCAGAAUGGGGGCUCACACCAUAUUUCUACCCAAGAUCUCAAAUCUGACUAGCUAUGAUACUGCAGAACCUAUCUGGACAAAUGCUCUUUGUUAUGCUUUUCAGCAGUGACAACAUUCUGAGAUCUGUGAUUAGAAGUUAGUGUCAGUAUGUUAGUCCAUGUAGAAGUCCUCAGUGGCUAAGGAGAAUAUUGGCUUGGGAUUCUUCAAAAUUGGGAUGUUUUGUAGCUUGGGGAGGGAGAGCGGGGGUGUUGUGCUUUGUUUCAGAUUUUAAUGAAUGAUUGUAUAUAACUUUUUUUGACAAUCCAAAAUGAUGUCACAACCAAGUUACUGAAAGAAAAAUUCUAGCUUUGGUA